AUGUCUUCGUUGACGCUAAUAGCUCUGAUUCCUCUCCUGAGCAGCGCCCUGAAUCUCGGCGUGGCUAUUGGUGGUUAUGUCACCACCCUUCCUUUCGCGGACGAACGAUUUCCCGCAUCUGCUAUUGCAGUGUGGUUUGAAGUCUUUUUUCUUCCGGGGUUUGUCUUGGCUGUUACCCUGGGAUUCGUUUCACUGGUUGCAGGCGUACGUUUGUAUCGCCGUAGUCCCAAUGCUGCUAUGAUACGAUUCACGUUGGUCGGGCUAGUGUUCACAGUGGUCCAUUUCUGCUUCGGCAACUCGGUCCUCGGGUAUAUGGCUCGAAUACUGAAUAAUCCUCCUGAUGCGCGAGAGGAGAUAUUGGGAUGGUUGAAGCUUCAUGCAACAAGGACGUUAGUGGCCGAUUUACCGGCGUUCGCCGGUUUCUUGGCAUGUUUUCUUAACACGUUGGACUAA